AUGGAUACGGCGUGGAACUCUCUCAACACCUACUCAGCAGGAGCACGCGGCGCGAUGAACGAUCUCAAAGAAGUACUGUCCGAUCCGUGGGCGGCCGUGAACAACUUCCACCAACUCCACUGGCGCAUCCACACCAUGAUGAUGCUCAUCGGUACCGCCGGAUUGGCAUUCUUGAUCAUGAUGUUCUUGGCCAACUGGACCUCCGUUGGCCAGAAGACCAAGGAGGCCGUUAAAGAAGCUCUGCCCAUCGCUAAACCAGGCUCGCCACCAAUUCCACCGCCAACAGACAUCGUCAGCCUGCGCAUCUACCCUAUCAAAUCUUGCAGAGGCAUCGAGCUCGACAAGACCCGCCUCCGCAAGACUGGCCUCACGUUGGACAGGAACUGGAUGUUCGUCGCCCAAGACGACACCAACAGCAAUGGCGCGCCCAAAUUCCUCACCAUCCGCAGCGACCCCAGCAUGACCCUGAUCGACACCGCACUCGUCGACGACCCAGAAACCAAACAGCAGAACCUCGAGAUCUCCAUCCACGGCACCGACGCUCGCGUCUUAAUUCCCGCCUUCCCAACGCAAGAAUGGCUCUCCAACAACACCACCUUGAAGACCGUGGAGAUCUGGGAGAAAGAAACCGACGGCUACGUCUACAACGACUCCAUCAACGCCCCCUUCUCCUCCUUCUUCAACAAGCCCGUCGCGCUCGUCUACAAAGGCCCCACGCACCGUAUGGUCGCCGUCAACGGGUCCAAGGAACUCUACGGCGUGGAGACGGCGCAUCAUUUCGCCGACGUCAUGUCCUUGCAAAUCGCCUCGCAAUCCAGCAUCGACGACCUCAACCGCCGGCUCGAAGCCAAAGGUGCAGAUGUCCCGAAGGAUCUAACCAUCGAGCGCUUCCGCCCGAACAUCAUCGUGCGCGGUCGGGACGAUAAGCCGUGGGAAGAGGAUACCUGGAAGCGCAUCCGUAUCACCACCACCCUUCACGACGAGGAAGCGAUGUACCGUAUCGACCUCGACGCCGUGGCCCGGUGCGCGCGAUGUCAGGUCCCGAACGUCGACCCGGACACGGCGGAGAAGCACGCCAAGGAGCCGUGGGACGAGCUGAUGAAGUUCAGGAGGGUGGAUGAGGGCGGGCCGGCGAAGUGGAAGCCGUGUUUUGGGAUGCUGUGUAUUCCGAGGAGUGAAGGGAAGGUCGCGGUCGGGGCGACGGUGGAGGUGCUGGAGACGACGAAGAAUCAUCUUUAUAAUACGAGGAAGUUUGCCGAUUUUCCCACGCAAAACCCCGGCAACGCCAUUGAAUGUGCCAUCUCUUAUCACGAGUAUGCGGCGCUGAAACGCCGAACGAAAGACAGCAACGCCUCCCAUCCCGCACCCAUGCAGCAGCAGUAG